AUGCUUCCAUUAUUUGCAUCUCAUUCAGUUUCUGCAGAUCCAACCUGCGAUUUAUAUUUAGAUUUUACUCCUUACCAAGCUAAAUAUGAUACAUUAAGGAGUGAUGGCGAACAUAUCAAUAAAAGCUUUUAUACUAUUUCCUCGAGCCAAAAGUUAUGCAUAAAGGGAGGAUUUUUGAUUGGAUCCGACGAAAAUUACAAGCUUCAAACGACAUUUACAAGCGAUAAACUUGAUGAUUCAAAUAAAACUGAUUGGAUAAAUAACCCAUCAAUUGUAAUAGAUGCAUGCAACUCAUACAGCGGAAUGUACCAGUGCUAUACACCAUACACUGAAAUUGUGUGCACUGAUGCUUCUUGUAACAUUGAAAUCAUGUGUAUUCCUUAUAUUCCAACUCAUUAUGUAUUUAAGGGUACUAUUAAUGGUAACGCUGGAUAUGAUAUGCAGGAUUACUUUUGGGUAACAAUAGCUACAAAGGACGAAGGCGAAUUAGACUUAUACAGACACGAACAAUCUUUUUCAUCAACACCCCCAGUUCUUAAAUACAAAAAUGCUAAUCAAGUAGCAUUAGUUACAACAGAUUCCCUUAUUGAUGAAACAAUAGAAAAUGGAAAGGGAACAACAGUUUAUACUUUUGAGGAUAAUAACACAAAGCAGUAUAGAACAUGGUGGGAUUAUAAAACAAUGUCUGAUUAUAAUUCACACUCCACUGUUAAAUACUUUAAGAAGUCUGGUUCCAUUAAGUAUACUAGCAAGUUUGCUAAAUUCAUCAUCACUGUCGGAAACUACCCAAAAGUUUAUUCAAAGGAUGAUAAAGGUGUAGAAGUAACAACAAUGAAAUUACCUUUCCCAAUUUGGGGUAUUGUUUUAAUUGUUGCAAUCAUUGUUAUCAUUCUCGGCAUUAUUGGCUGUAUCCUUUGCUGCGUUUGCUGCACAUGCUGCUGCUGCAAUGCAUGCUGUGCAAGUUGCUUCUCAUGCUGCUGUGCUCCAAGUUCUGCAAGCCCAGAAGAUGCAAAGGCUGCAGAAGUUUAA